AUGGCAAGCAGCGAUAUGACUUUACUGCCAGACUGCAAUAAAGAGCUCUCUGGAAUCUGCAAUUUCUCCUACACAUGGGAUGCCACAACUGUCUCGGACAUCAAGCCCACGCAAAACACCACUGCCACAAACCAAUCCAACAACCCCUUCCUGAUUCCAGCUCCACCCCUGCUGGUACCCUUAUACACGGACUGGACCGGUGCCAUGGCAGCCUGGGGCCUGGCCUGGGAGGCUCAUGUCUACGGUGCUGGCUGUGGUUUUGCCGUGAUGACUCUAGCUUCUGCGCUCAAUCUGCUCUGCUUGCCUCUGCGAUGCCCUUCAGGCUGUGGCUACUUUGCUCUGGUCAGCAUGUUUCUUCUUGCUGCUGGAUGCACCAGGUCCUUCUCACUUCUGUAUGAUGCCUACGGCCACCAGAACCGCAUAGCCUCCACGGAAGCCUCGCUGAUGCUCUAUGAAGCACCUUUUCCCUGCCUCACUGCAGCUUUCGGACUGGUUUUCCUCCUCCUGUCAAUGCGCUCUAGAAUGCAGCUCUCCUACUCAGCCUUCCAGAGACCCUGUUUCCUGGCUUGUCUGGUGUUCUUGCACUUUGCUGCUGCAUUCGGCCCUGUAACAUUACUGAAGCUCUACCAGAAAAAGCCUCCCCUGUGCCUCUUACUGUCACUCAUCUCCCGUGGAGCAUUUGUAGGACUGGCAACAUUUCUAUCGGUAGCCUAUUUUGUGUUCUAUAUCUAUGUAAGAGCAGACUCAAAGCAUAUCUACCACCUGAAUAACACAUCUCCGACUCCCGCUGAGCGCUACAACCGAUGCCCCUUUGCUGAGAGCAGGGACUGGAACCGUGCAGCAGUAACUGUUUGUAUAUCAGCAUUGUUUUCUUUGGCAUGUGCAGCACUUCAGUUAUAUGCAAUGCUCAAUGCCAUGGGUGUUGUGGGCGGAAAAGAGGUCUUCCACCCUUGGCCCUGGUGGGCUUUUCAGUUUAGCUGCAGACUGUGUGAACUCGGGGUUUGUCUCACAUUAGCCCUUGUGGUUGCACAACCAGUCUAUUGUUCUGACCAACUUCCCGACGCUGGGAGUUGCUGGACCGAACUCCUAGCUUCCAAGUCGCCCAUCUUGCCUGGUAGCUACCAGUGGACGCUAAGCCAGCAGGAGAAACUUGCCAUUGUUGAUACCGUUGGGCUUGGAGAAACAGAGAGCCUCCCACUCUACACGCUCAUGGAUGAGCGACUUGUGAGUAGCCUCAAUGGACUGGACCUCCUCUACCACAGCAACCGGGCCUUGGCGUACCGAGACCUGGAUUUUGAGUUCCAGGGUUCUGAAAAACCAGAGGAUGGAGGAGGCAGAGAGACCUCGGGUGGAUCCUCGUUCACCAGUGACUCCACUGCAGAUCUGCGUCCACCCUCACCAAUCAACCUGCGCCGCAGCAUAGAUGAAGCCCUCUUCAGCGAGGCCUUGUUUCCCAUGAGCCUCUUCAGUCCUGUCAGGCCCAUUUGCUGCAGUGACAUGUCUGUAAACAAUCACUGGACUCUUCCCAGCAAAUGCUUCGGUGAUCCCCCCUCAGCUGACCCAGGUCUUUAUCGGACGUCCUCCUGCAUGGAGAUGGCCUCACAACCUCAGCCCCCUCACUGUCAGUCUCAGGGUGCUGCCACUGAAAGUGCUCCGGCAUCUUCUUCCAUAUGCUCAUCAUCAAGUUGUUCCUCACCGGAACGUUGGAGAGGAAGCUCCUCAUCAUGCUCCCUCUACAGAGCCUCUCUUGGUGACUCGUCAUUGGUCCUCUGUCCGAGCCCAGAGAGACGCGCAAGGCAGCUUCUUCAGGAAGGAGGAACAGGCCAAGUUGUGCCCUCUGACCCACAGAGACAAUACCAAACUCUGGGAGCUGCCUCACAGGAGAGCCUGGAUUUGUCAACUGAUGCGGAUCGAUCUGUGCAGGAGGAGUUCAUCAGUGUUUGCAGACAAAUCGAUGCUUUGAGUGUCUGCAGUGAGACUAUCGAUUUAUAA